AUGUGUAUUUCCCGAAUUGGACAAAUAAUUUAUGGAGGGUUAACUGGUAUUACUAUUGCGCUUAUUUGUGCAUCAAUGUUCACUCCAGGUUGGCGCCGUCUAACUCUCCAUGUUAACGACUCCUUUAAUUCUCUCAAAGAAGGCAAUCCCUCUGCUAUGCAAAAUAUAACAAAUAUGAAUUUUGGAAUUUUUCUUUGUCAAAUACCCAAUCCCCAACAACAAUCACCAUCCCCAAAUUCUUUACCUUUAUCUGAUAAUAAUUCACCAAAAGAAGAAAAUGAAGAUUCUUGGAAAAAAUCUUUAAAUUAUUGUGAGCAGUGGUUUAAGGUGAGGUGA